GGAGGGCCCUGGGGGGUGCCAGGGCCCAGGUGGGGGUCCCAGGACGCCGGGGGGCCGCUCUUGCCAAGGUUCUACCCUCCCAGGAGGCUGAGUGUCCUCCAAACAGGCCGGGCCCAGCCGCUCACCCUGGCCGUGCGGCCUAGGGCCGGACUGUGGCUUCAGAAGCUCUUCCUGACCCCUGACCUCUGCCCCAAGCUGACCCCGGCCCACCUGGGCGGCCCCUCUGGGCAACCUUCUGCCUCCGCAGGCUCAGGCCUGGCCGGGCAGGGCCCGGGGCCGGGGCUGGGGCCGAGAGGUUUGGGCCCGCUCGCGCUCCGUAGCCGGCUCGGGGCGGCUGCCUCCUGGGGCCUGGGGGUUCCUGUCCUGCCGGGGCUGGACCAGGGGCGGCCUCGCUCCAAGCCAGGACCCCAGGGAUGGGCUGGGGUCGGGGUGGGCGCCGGGCUGAGGCCAGGGCGGCCUGGCAGGCAGAGCAGGGUGAGCCCUGGGGGCCACAGGCCGCAGCAUGGGGGGCCCUGGGCCGGGGGGCCGUGGAGGCUGGAGAGGCAGUGGGGUGCUGGGCGUGGGGGCGAAGGCCCCAGGCGCCGUCUGUUUCCAGGGCGGCUCUGCGGCCAUGGACGUGUUCCAGAAGGUGGAGAAGAUUGGCGAGGGCACCUAUGGGGUGGUGUACAAGGCCAAGAACAAGGAGACGGGGCAGCUUGUGGCCCUCAAGAAGAUCAGGCUGGAUCUGGAGACCGAAGGGGUCCCGAGCACCGCCAUCAGAGAGAUCUCCCUGCUCAAAGAGCUUAAGCACCCCAACAUCGUCAGGCUGCUAGACGUGGUGCACAGCGAGAAGAAGCUUUACCUGGUGUUUGAGUUCCUCAGCCAGGACCUGAAGAAGUACAUGGACGCCACCCCAGCCUCCGAGCUCCCCCUGCACUUGGUCAAGAGCUACCUCUUCCAGCUGCUGCAGGGGGUGAACUUCUGCCACUCGCAUCGGGUCAUCCACCGAGACCUGAAGCCCCAGAAUCUGCUCAUCAGUGAGUUGGGGGCCAUCAAGCUGGCUGACUUCGGGCUGGCCCGAGCCUUCGGGGUGCCCCUACGCACCUACACCCAUGAGGUGGUGACACUCUGGUAUCGGGCCCCCGAGAUCCUCCUGGGCUGCAAGUUCUACUCGACGGCUGUGGAUGUCUGGAGCAUUGGCUGCAUCUUUGCAGAGAUGGUGACCCGCAGAGCCCUGUUUCCUGGCGACUCUGAGAUUGACCAGCUCUUUCGUAUCUUUCGGACCCUGGGGACACCCAGUGAAGCCAUGUGGCCGGGAGUCACCCAGCUGCCUGACUAUAAGGGCAGCUUCCCCAAGUGGACCAGGAAGGGGCUGGAGGAGAUCGUGCCCAGCCUGGAGCCAGAGGGCAGGGACCUGCUCACGCAACUCCUGCAGUACGACCCCAGCCGGCGGAUCUCGGCCAAGGCCGCCCUUGCCCACCCGUACUUCUCGUCCACCGAGAGCUCCCCGGCCCCCCGCCAGUGUGCGCUGGAGCGUUUCUGCCGCUGAGAGUGUGUGAGGCCCGCCGCCUCCGAGGCUCUCUCCGGCUGCUGCCCCCCGGCCUCCCCACCCACUUGCCAAGAAAGAGGCCACAUCUGGGGAGAGAGCAGAGUGGCAUCAGCUGCCAGAGGGCUGAGUUUGGGUUAGUCCUGCCAGCAGGUUGGCGUGUUCCUGUGUUGUUUGUUGGGUUCGUUGGUGCCGUUUCGAGAUAGGGGCACAGAAGCCCCAAGCACGAGGGAGGGGGUGCGUUAGAGGCGGGGUCCCCUGGCACCAGAACAGCAGGUGCCGAGGAGAGCAGGAAGCCUGCCCGGACCCCGAGGGCAGGGGGUCCCCCUGGCUGGUCUUUUUGGAUUUAAAGUGUUUUAGGGAAGAGUUGAGUUCCAGUUAAGCGUCCCCAAGUUAAACAGGAAGCGGAGCGAGGAAGACAGGCAGCUCCCAACCCCAGAGGUCGGGCGUGUGGCUGUUCGAAAGGGUGUUUUCACCUAGGAUGUGCUUGGGUUUGUCUGUCUCUGGCUUUAAGAGCAGAAAAUAAAAGCGACGCAUUCCUUUAAAAACGAAA